AUGGCGUCUGAUACUUCCACUUGGACCGCCUUGCGUGUCCGAGAAACUUUUCUCGACUUUUUUAAGCAGAAUGGCCAUACUUUUGUGCCCUCUUCUCCUGUCGUUCCCCUCUCCGAUCCUACCCUCCUCUUUACCAAUGCUGGAAUGAACCAGUUCAAGUCCAUCUUCCUGGGUACCGUGGAUCCUUCAUCAGACUUUGCGAAACUGCGUCGCGCUGUCAAUUCUCAAAAGUGCUUGCGUGCGGGUGGAAAACACAAUGACCUCGACGAUGUUGGCAAGGACAGCUACCACCACACCUUUUUCGAGAUGCUCGGUAACUGGAGUUUCGGCGAUUAUUUCAAGAAAGAGGCUAUCUCGUAUUCUUGGACUCUCCUGACCAAGGUUUAUGGUCUUGACCCCGAGCGUCUUUAUGUGACUUACUUUGAAGGAGAUGCGGCGGGAGGCUUGGAACCCGACCUCGAGGCCAAGGAGCUCUGGAAAUCAAUGGGUGCUCUGGAGGAUCAUAUCCUACCUGGAAAUAUGAAGGACAAUUUCUGGGAGAUGGGAGAUCAAGGCCCUUGUGGACCUUGCAGUGAAGUGCACUACGAUCGCAUUGGUGGUCGCAAUGCUGCACACCUCGUCAACAUGGACGACCCUAAUGUGCUGGAAAUCUGGAACAACGUCUUCAUUCAGUACAACCGAGAGGCAGACCGAUCCCUUCGAUCCCUCCCCAACAAGCAUGUCGAUACUGGUAUGGGCUUUGAGCGUCUGGUCUCCGUUCUCCAGGAUAAGCCUUCCAACUACGAUACCGAUGUUUUUACCCCGAUCUUCCAAGCGAUCCAAGAUGUUACCGGAGCCAGGGAAUACCGUGGUCUGUUCGGAGCUGAGGAUAAGGAUGGAGUUGAUACCGCAUACCGUGUGGUUGCGGAUCACGUCCGCACACUGAUGUUUGCCAUCUCAGAUGGUGUCAUGCCUAACAACGAAGGUCGCGGCUAUGUCAUUCGCCGUGUUCUGCGCCGAGGCUCCCGCUAUGCCCGCAAGUACUUCCAGGUGGAGAUUGGAAGCUUUUUCUCCAAGCUGGUGCCAACCGUGGUUGCCCAACUGGGAGAUAUGUUCCCCGAACUGAAGAGAAAGCAGCAGGACGUGAUGGAGAUUCUCGAUGAGGAAGAGUUGUCUUUUGCCAAGACAUUGGACCGCGGAGAGCGUCAAUUCGAGCAAUACGCCCAACAGGCCAAGACUAAGGGUACCGACAAGCUUCACGGUGCUGAUGUGUGGAGAUUGUACGACACCUUUGGUUUCCCCGUCGACCUCACUCAAAUUAUGGCGGAGGAACGUGGCCUGCGUAUUGAUGACGCGGAGUUUGAGGAGGCACGCUUAACUGCCAAGGAAGCCAGUAAGGGCCAGAAGAAGGCUGCUGCGGAUGCCAUUAAGCUCGAUGUCCAUGACCUUGGUAAACUUGAGCAGAUGAACAAUGUUCAAAAGACCGACGAUUCUGCCAAAUUUGGCCGUGGAAACAUCACAGCUCAGAUCAAGGCGAUCUACCACGGCAAGGCAUUUCAUGAUAGCUCUGAAUCUAUCCCCGAGGGAUCCCAAAUGGGAGUCAUCCUCGACUGCACCAAUUUCUAUGCUGAGCAGGGUGGUCAGGAGAAUGACACUGGCAAAAUCGUCAUCGACGGACAAGCUGAGCUUGAAGUUGGUGAUGUUCAAGUUUACGCUGGCUAUGUCCUCCACACUGGCUUCAUGAAGUAUGGAACCCUCACCGUUGGUGACUCAGUCAUCUGCGAAUACGAUGAACUCCGUCGCUGGCCCAUCCGAAACAACCACACUGGUACUCACAUCUUGAACUUUGCCCUGCGAGAAGUUCUGGGAGAUGGAAUUGAGCAGAGAGGUUCCCUGGUGGCAGCCGAGAAGCUCCGAUUCGAUUUCUCACACAAGUCCGCUAUCUCAGACACCGAUCUGGAGAGUGUUGAGGCCAAGGCCACUGAAUAUAUUCGUCAAAAUUGUGCUGUCUACUCUCAGGAGGUCUCCCUCGCUACUGCCCAGCAAAUUUGUGGAGUCAGAGCCGUCUUCGGUGAAACCUACCCCGAUCCCGUGCGUGUUGUCUCCGUCGGUGUUGAGUUGGAAGAGAUCUUGCGUGAUGUGAAGGAUCCGAGAUGGCACCAAGUGAGCAUUGAAUUCUGUGGUGGUACUCACGUGCAGAAGACUGGUGACAUCAAGGAUUUGAUUAUUCUUGAAGAGAGCGGUAUUGCCAAGGGAAUUCGCCGUAUCAUUGCGGUCACCGGCGAGGAUGCUCAUGCUGCUCAGCGUGUUGCUGAGGAAUUCGGCAAGCGCCUGGAUCAACUAGAUGCCAUGCCCCUUGGCCCUGGCAAGGAGCGGGAGGCCAAGCAAAUUCAAGUGGAUCUUAACCAGCUUGUCAUCUCCGCCGUUCAAAAGGCUAGAUUCCGCGAGCGUUUCACUGCGAUAAACAAGCAGAUCCUUGAUGGUCAAAAGGCUCAGCAAAAGUUGGAAGUCAAGAUGGCUGUGGAGGCCAUCACAAGUCACUUCCAGGCCCCCGAAAAUGAGAAAGCUUCUUGGCUUGUUGUGAAGCUCCCAACCCCAGCCAGUGCCAAGGCUGUCAGCGAAUCUCUCAACCAUGUCAAAUCGAAAAUGCAGGACAAGAAUGUGUAUGUCAUGGCUGUGGACUCUGAACAGACCCGAGUGUCCCACGGUUGCUACGUCUCUAAGGGACUUGGAGAGCAAGGUGCUUCCGCUACCGAGUGGGCUGCUGUGGUCUCUGGUGCUGUCGGUGGUAAGGCUGGAGGUAAGGGACAAACCUCCCUGGGUAACGGUGUUCACGCCGAUAAGGUUGAUGAGGCUAUCUCUUUGGCUUCAGAAUACUUGAGCAAGUUUAAGCUCUAA